UCCGGUGUACGCGCUAUAGUACGGAGGCUUCAGCUGGCAGCUGUUUCACAUUUUUAUGGCACGUGAACACGGUACCGCCCUCACCAACAUCUGGAGCUCGCGCUUAACAGGGAGACCACUCUUCCUUUUGGCCGCGUGAUGAGGCAGGUAGAACUUAUGUAGGGCAGUGAGCGUUUCACUGGCGGGGACCCGUCUGUGCUGUACUCGGCAGAAGGAACCGGCCUCAUCUUGAAGCUGGCAGGUGUCAGGAGAGGCAGCGAGCAUGGAUGAGCCGAGCAGCAGGAACAGCAGCCUGCAGAGGAAGAAGCCACCAUGGCUGAAACUGGACAUCCCAACCAUCCAGCUGACACCGGAUGACACGCCAGCGCCCAACCAGCCAGUGAGGCGCCUGCGCAGCGUCAGCAUGCCAGGGGAAAACCCUCAGACCUGCAUUGCUGCCUUGGAAACCUCCAACAACUACCUCAGACCUCCUGCGGAGAGAUUGCCCUCCAUCACUCAGUCCAUUAAAAGUGAGAAAAGGGUGCACUUUGAACGCAUCAACACCGUUCCCCCAAAGGGCCAGAGGAGCCCCAGGAGGGUGUCAACCAUCCGAAGGCGGUCCUGUAUCCCCAAGAUACUGACCCGGCGGCGUUCAUCUAUACCAAAACAAAUCAUCAGGGGUACGGCUGACUGGUUUGGGGUGAGUAAAGACAGCGACAGUACCCAGCGAUGGAGGAGGAAGAGCCUGCAGCACUGCAGUCAUCUGUACGGGGGUCUGAAGACGCAGGUGAUGAGGGAGAUGGAGCUUCACAGCCAAGACAAUCUCUCCCUUGCCAGCACUGAGACCCCUCCUCCCCUCUACCUCCCACCCCUCCACCCCAGUCAUCACCACUAUGGCAUGCAGAGGAUCGUAGACCCCCUGGCUCGGGGUCGUGCCUUCCGCAAUGUGGAAGAAGUAGAUGGCUUGAGCGCCCUGCAAACUCCCAUGACGCCCGGCACAGCUUCCCUCUGCUCAUUUUCCAGCUCACGCUCUGCCCUCAAUCGUCUCCCACGACGACGCAAGCGAGAAUCUGUCGCCGUCAUGAGUCUCAAGGCGGCGGCGGCGCUAAUGAAGGGCCGGACGUUAGGCGAGAGCACCGCUGGGCGGCGGCGCAGACGGAGUUUCAUGCCUCCUAGUUUCUUCGAAGAUGACACUGCGGAUUUCCCUGAUGACCUAGAUACUUCUUUCUUCACCAGAGAAGGCCUACAGGAUGAGUUGUCCAGCUAUGCUGACGAGGUUUUUGAGACUCCGUCGGAGGCUGCCCUCAAACAGCUAGAUGAGAGCGAGCUCACGGGAAGCGCUCUGGAUAGGAACGAACUAGAGAGGAGUCAUCUCAUGAUGCCUUUAGAGCGAGGGUGGCGGAAGGCAAAAUCCGGCUCUGCGGUCCAACCCAAAGUCCGCCUGAAACAGGAGGUGGUGAGCGUCAACAGCCAUCAGCAGCGAGGGCAAAGAAUCGUGGUUCCGGUUAAGAAGCUUUUUGCCAGAGAGAAGAGGCCGUACGGGCUGGGCAUAGUCGGACGUCUCACUAACCGGUCGUAUCGCAAACGCAUAGACAGCUACGUCAAGCGGCAGAUUGAAGACAUGGAUGAUCACAGGCCUUUUUUUACCUACUGGAUCACCUGCGUCCACCUGCUCAUUACCAUUCUGGCUGUCACCAUUUACGGUAUUGCCCCUAUCGGCUUCUCGCAACACGAAACUGUCGACUCGGUGCUGAGGAACAAGGGGGUUUAUGAAAACGUGAAGUUUGUGCAACAGCAAAACUUCUGGGUGGGUCCGAGCUCUGAAGCGCUGAUUCACCUGGGAGCCAAGUUUUCCCCGUGCAUGCGUCAGGAUGAAGAGAUCCACAAGCUGAUCCAGGAGAAGCGAGCACUAGAGAGAGAAUCGGGCUGCUGUGUGAGGAAUGAUCGCUCCGGCUGCCUGCAGACUCUACAGGAGGAGUGUUCGAGCACACUGGCAGUGUGGGUGAAGUGGCCUCAGCACCCCAGUGCUCCUUCUUUGAACAGUGAGCUCCGGCAACAUGGUGCCGUUUGCCAUCAGGACCCCAGAAUCUGUCUGGAGCCAGCCUCUGUUUCACCGCAUGAGUGGCCGGAUGACAUCACUUCUUGGCCUGUUUGCACAAGGUUCAACUCGGGGAAUCACACUAACCUCCCCCACAUUGAUUGCACCAUCACAGGCCGGCCCUGCUGCAUCGGAACCAAAGGACGGUGUGAAAUAACUUCUAGAGAGUACUGUGAUUUUAUGCAUGGCUACUUCCAUGAGGAGGCUACGCUCUGCUCACAGGUGGCCUGCAUGGACGAUGUCUGCGGUUUGCUGCCUUUCCUCAACCCAGAGGUCCCUGAUCAGUUCUCUCGGCUCUGGUUGUCCCUGUUUCUUCAUGCUGGAAUUCUGCACUGCUUGGUUUCGGUGUUGUUCCAGAUGACGGUGCUGAGGGAUAUAGAGAAGUUGGCUGGCUGGCUCAGAAUCUCUAUUAUCUACAUGCUCAGUGGCAUCACUGGCAACCUGGCCUCUGCCAUCUUCCUGCCCUAUAGAGCAGAGGUGGGUCCUGCUGGCAGCCAGUUCGGCAUCCUGGCUUGUCUUUUUGUGGAGCUGUUUCAGAGCUGGCAGAUCCUCGAGCGACCGUGGCGAGCGUUUGCUAAGCUGUUGGCCAUCUCUGUGUUCUUCUUCUCUUUUGGUUUGCUUCCCUGGAUCGACAACUUUGCCCACAUCUGUGGUUUCGUUUCCGGAUUCUUCCUGUCCUUCGCCUUCCUCCCAUACAUCAGCUUCGGCCGUUCCGAUAUGUACCGAAAGCGAGUCCAAAUCUGCGUCUUCCUGCUGAUCUUCCUGGGUCUGUUCUCCGCUCUGGCCGUUCUCUUCUACAUCUACCCCGUGAAGUGCGACUGGUGCGAGUACCUCACCUGCAUCCCCAUCACAGACAAGUUCUGCGAGAAGUACGACCUAAACGCACAUCUCCUCUGACUGUUAGUCCUUGGAGUCCAAGCUGAUGUCCACUGAUAAGAUUAGGAUGUGUGAAAUGGUGCUUGGCAGCACUUACGACUGAUAAAACCAUCAGUAUUUCUAGAUUUUGUACGGACUGGUGAAUUCCAGAUGUAUUUUUUCAAUAUACAAAACAACAUGCAUGAAAGCCUUCAAUAUGCAUGAAAACAAGGAGAACAAUGGACUAAUAACUGAUCUGUGUGUGACUGAUCUUGUCCUGGGCUAUUCAAUGUCCACUUGCACUGGCCAGUAACAGUACACCUUAGUGGCCACAUGGAAGUUUUAUUUGGUACUUUUUACCCAGCAGUCACAGCUUCCUGGACGCUCUGCCGUGAACUCUAAGGACACAAGGCUCUAAAUUCAUCAGCGUGCCUUACUGAUACAGCACAGCCUCUGACUUUAAUGUCUGUGGAAACUGCUUUCAGACACAAAUCAUGUCAAAUAUGUUUUUUACUUCAGUAUUUGGAGGCUGGAAUGCCAUUUUGUUUAUUUGUUUACCACUCUGGAAACCACAGCCUUUAAAGCACUCCAGUCACAAAUGGAUGUUCUGUUUUUUUAAUAUUCACCUCUUUUUUUUAUAUAUAUAUAUGUUUACAAAAAACAAAAACAAAAACAAAAACAGGUGGGUUCAUGCGCUCAAUCGUAGAAAGCUGUUAAAAGGUGAAUUUGUGUAUGUGUGUGUGUUUUAUUAAAAGUGGUGGCGUUUUAGCUACCUGGCAAUGAACACAAGAGGACAAAA